AUAUAGCAUGCGUUAAUAAAUAAAAUAGUAACGUUUAGAUCAUUUUCGCAAUAUUCGACGAAUUUUAAUUUCGUUUUUUAACGUUUCGCAUUUUCUUAUAAUUUCCCGCCUUCGUUACAUAAUGUGACCUCGUAUCUGUCCGCCAGUAAUGAGUUCAGCGGCAUUUAAAUGUGACGAUCUUUAAUGGACAUAGUUUUACGCGUAAUUUUCGAUCUUUUCGCUAUAAACCUAUUUAAAAUUCGACAUAGAAUCGAUAAAAUUGUAAUAUUUCCAUAUUUUUUCCUAAAUCGAUCACUCGUGUAGUGGAGGAUUAUAUCCAAAGGCGGAUUAAUCUUUCGUCAGCUGAGAUCGGAUAAAAUUUCCCGCCAUUGGAGACGUUUGUCGUCUGCCGAGAUCGUCAUCAGAGUUUUUGUAAUAUUUUAUAUUUUGUUAGAAAAAAAUAACAAUGAGUGCAGAUGACGAUAGAAACAUUCAAAAGAGGUUUCAAGAAUUGCGCGCCGAUCUAAAUAUGGAUAAACAAGCCUCCGAUGAAGCUUGGGAGUCUUAUCAAAGGAUCAGUACUAACUACACGUUAGAGGGUGAUCAAUUACAUUGGCUUGCUUGUGCAUUAUAUGUUGCAUGUCGUGCAAGUGCUGUUCCAACUGUUGACAGAGGAUCUUACAUAGAGGGAAAUUGUGUUUCGUUAACACGAUUGCUUCGAUCAUGUAAAUUAAGUUUAGUACAGUUCUUCAGUAAAAUGAAGAAAUGGGCAGAUAUGGCAAAUCUAUCACAAGAUAUGAGGAACAAAGUAGAUAGAUUAGAAAGAAAUUUUAAUGUUUCAACUGUGAUAUUCAAGAAAUUUAAGCCUAUAUUUGUAGAUAUAUUUAAAGAUCCAUUAAGUGAUCCACCGCGACCAGUUCGAAGUCGAAAACAAAGAAGACUGCCAUGUACAGCAUCAGAUGUAUUUUCAUUUUGUUGGACUUUAUUUAUUAGAGUUAAAGGACAUUAUCCUGCCAUUUCUGAUGACUUAGUGAAUUCUUAUCAUUUGUUGUUAAGUUGUAUUGAUCUUCUAUAUGGUAAUGCUGUGAUGGCUGACAGAAAAGACUUAUUGAAUCCUAAUUUUUCAGGAUUUUCUAAUAGCAAAAAAGUACCAACAGAAUUACCAUGUAUUAUUCAACAUUUAUGUGAAACACAUGAAGGUUUGGUUGUAGAUGCUAAAGGAAUUAAAGAACAUUGGUGGAAACCACAUAUUUAUAGAAUGAUGUCAAGAAAGAUUUUAAAAGGAAAACCUGAAACACUUUCAGGUUUGCUGGAUUUAAAUAAUUUUAAAGAAAAUAACAAAGCAAUUAAUGCAGAAUAUGAAGAAUAUGUCCUUAAUGUUGGAGAUUUUGAUGAAAGAGUAUUUUUAGUAGAAAAUGCAAGUGAAGAAAUAGGAACACCAAGUGUAAAAUUAAUUGCAGGCAAAGAAUUGAUGGAAUGGAGGCAGACAAAAAGAAAUCUGCAGAAACAUUUGGAAGAGACAACAACUUUAGCACCAGCAACACCUUUAACGGGUAGAAGAUAUUUAAAAGAUAAAGAAGCAGUUAAUGUUACACCAGUUUCUACUGCAACACAAAGUGUUAGUCGUUUGCAAACCUUAUUAGCAGGAUACAAAACUAGUCCUAGUGAAAAACUACUGGAUAUAUUUAAAGAAUGUAGUCGUAAUCCUGAAGAAGCUAUAAUGGCUAGAGUGAAAGAAAUGGGUGAAAUAUUCUGUGAAUGUUAUGCUCAGCCAUCUGAAGACCAUCCUGGUUCCCAUAUAGAUUUUGCAAAGAAAAGGCUUCAGCUUGGAGAAAGUUUAUAUUUUAAAGUUUUAGAGAAUAUUAUUAUAAUGGAAAGGAAGAGACUCCCCCCAUUGACAGAUCUUUCAGAACUCUUGGAACGUGAUAUAUUUCAUAAAACUUUAUUUGCUUGCUGUCUUGAAAUAGUUCUUUUUUCUUACAAUUCACAACGAACCUUUCCAUGGAUUUUACAAGUUUUUGAAAUUCAACCAUUUUGCUUUUAUAAAGUAAUAGAAUUACUUAUUAGAGCUGAAGAUGGACUCUCAAGAAAUGUUGUGAAACAUCUUAAUCAUAUUGAAGAGCAAAUAUUAGAAAGUUUAGCAUGGAAAUAUGACUCAAAUUUGUGGAAUGCAAUUAGAUCUUUAGGACUGCCUAUUCCUUCUUGUGAAGAUGUAUCACUGCCAAGUCAGAUGCCUGGUUCACAAACAACAGGUCCACCUCCACAAUUGGUUAGUUCACCAUUAGCCCAUCCAGCUGUUCGUCGUAUAAGUGGAAUUGAGCGACCCAUUGCAAGGAAAGAUCCACAAUCUCCUGUAGGAACUACAGUAGCAGAAUGUUUUCAGUCUCCAACUGCAGGAACCCCACCAUCCAGUGCCAGGCGGCGACUCUUUGGACCAACACAAUCAAAUGCUGUUACUGUUGCUGUUCCACAACCUCAAGCUCAGAAUACUGUUGGAGAUCAGUUACCUACAGUUACUCCUGCCAGUUCUGCUGUGAUGAGUCCUGGAAGAUCAUAUUCUAUAACAUUACAACCAAUACAAAGUGAUAAUGGCAUAGCCUAUAUUUCCAUUCCUACAUUUACAUUGUCUACUACACAAAUACCAGUGCCUGCUAGUACAACUGCAACAGGAAUUCCAACUCCAGUUGCAACUCCAGAACCAACUGUUACUGUUGCAAUGCCUACUGUAAACAAAUCAACAAACAAGCCAAAAAGAACAGGUUCUUUGGGACUAUUUUUUCGAAAGGUUUAUCAUCUGGCUGGUGUUAGAAUACGAGAUCUCUGUGAUAGAUUAAAUAUCCUUGAUGAAGAUCUUAGAAGGAAAAUCUGGACUUGUUUUGAAUAUUCAUUAAUGCAAUAUACAGAAUUAAUGUGUGAUCGUCAUUUGGAUCAGUUAAUUAUGUGUGCAAUUUAUGUAAUUUGCAAGGUUACAAGAGAAGACAAAAGUUUUCAAGAAAUAAUGAAAUGUUAUCGGCUUCAACCUCAAGCUGCAAGUCAUGUAAGUAAAAUGUUAAAUAAAUAAUGCAAAACUUAAAUAUAAAUAAUUAGAAUAUUUAUGAUAAGUAUUUAAAUCUUAAAAUAAUUUGUGAUUAUAAAUAUAAUAUAUUUUAAGUAUUACUGUCAUUCUUAUUUUUUUAUAAUAGUUUAGAUGGUGAUUGGAUUUUAUUUGCUGGAAUGUAAGAGUUGUUAGAUACAUAGUAAUCAGCAGUGUAGUCCUUUUAUGAGUUCAAGCUGUUCUUAAAUAUUCUUUCACUUUAUUAGCAAACCAAGAUCUUCACAAAUAACUCAAUUGAUGAUUGAUUGUGAAGUAGUCAUUCUCUGAGACAAUGGUUUUUUUCUUUGCCAUUUUGGCCACCAUUUGAUCAGCUUAAUCAAAAAUUUCAUUAAGAAACUUCAGACUAUGAGGCGUUAAAUA